AUGAUGGUUUUGAAAUGUGUAUCGUUCCAAUUGUGUAGUGUGUAUGUUUAUAUACCACCACUGCGUAGUACAGGUGGUCAUUCCACUCAAUACGACGCAAAUCGCUACACUCUACCAGAUAGUUCGACAAGUGAAGAAUCACUGCAUUCAGUCUCGUCGGCAUGUUGCAGUAGUACUGUUGCUGCUGCUGGUGGUGGAACGGGGGGUAUUUCGAGUAGACACAUCGUCGUGAAUCGGGCCGAGGGCGGUGGUUAUCUCUCUGAGGGUGAUUCGAUGCUAAUGAGCAGUGGUGGGGCUCAUAAUAGUGCUGCUACACCUGCAACUGCAAAUGCUAAUGAUAUUUCAGUACCG